GUACAUGCUUAUAUUAUCAGUCACCUGAAGAAAGAGAUGCCGGCCAUGUUUGGAAAAGAUGCAAAGAAGAAGGAGCUUAUUGCCAGACUGCCUGAAAUCUUUACGGAAAUUCAGAGAGAACAUCAGAUUUCCCCCGGGGACUUUCCUGAAGUCAAACGAAUGCAGCAACAACUAGAGUUGUAUGACUUUUCGAAGUUUCACGCUAUGAAGCCCAAGUUAAUUGAGUCCGUAGACAACAUGCUAGCCAAUAAAAUAGCGCCACUGAUGAAUCUGAUUCGCGAGGAAGAGAGCAGUAUGCCACCACAGAUGGUGCAUGGCGGAGCUUUUGAGGGCACCAAUGAAGGUCCCUUUAACCAAGGUUAUGGAGAAGGAGCUGGUGAGGGUGCUGGAGAAGAAGAAUGGGUGGUGGCCAGAGACAAACCUGUUUAUGAUGAAAUCUUUUAUACCCUCUCACCGAUAAAUGGGAAGGUCUCCGGAAUUAAUGCCAAGAAAGAGAUGGUGAGCUCAAAAUUGCCAAAUAGCGUUCUGGGAAAAAUCUGGAAGUUGGCUGAUAAUGAUCAGGACGGAAUGUUGGAUGAAGAGGAAUUCGCCUUGGCAAAGCAUCUUAUUAAAAUUAAGCUGGAGGGCUUUGAGUUGCCCAACGACCUACCCCCUCACCUCAUACCUCCAUCUCAGAGAAAGCCAGUCCACAACUCUGAGUGAAGAAGAAUCAUAACUUUCUGAGAGCUGGAGAACUCGACAAUCUAGAGAAGAGUUUUAGAGUAUUUUACACCCUGU